UGUGUUUUUUUUUUUUUUUUUUUGGGCUGAAUAUCCACGCACGUACCCACAAUCACACACCCACGCACCCGCGCGCCCACAUCCUCCAAUUCAUCUUCGUUCAUCUCUCGUUUCUGGUUGCUGCCGCCUGAUGCUGUCUUGACUCUUCUCUUCGACUUCUUGUCGGCCACCUGCUCCUCUCGCCGUCAUCGUCUUGCCCCGCGCCGCCGUCCCAUGUCCGCACCCGAACCGCAAUCAUGGACGUAGCGGGCUCCGCGUUUCCAAUCGCCCCUCUGCUGACCACUUGCUCGCACAUUGUGACCAUUCUUCACAAUGUCGGCAAGAAGUUCAAGCGUGCGCCGCUCAUGAUGACGUCCAUCGCGACGGAAUGCAGCCUCAUCCACGUUGCGCUCGCCCAGCUGCGAACCUUUGACUGGAGUGCGGUCAUCGCCAAUGCAGAGGGCCGUCAGGAACAGCUCACGCGCGCCACCGAGGCCAUCAUCCUGGGAUGCACGCUGACGCUCUCUGUCAUCGAGGAGUACGCCGUCGAGCUGCAGGAAUACGUCGACGGAGCCCCCCUGAGCCCCACCGAGCAGAUGGGCAUCAUGGCCAGGGUCCGUGUUCUCUGGAAAGAGGACGAGAUGCGAGAGCUGCUUCUGCAGCUGCGAGGGUACCAGACCGGUCUCACCGGCCUCAUCAGAGCCGCCCACGAUACCGACCUGAACGGAGACGAUGGCGACGCCAUUGGGAACACGGCCAACUACGCAACCCUGCUUCAGCGCUCGCGCUCGUCGCGCGCCCGCAAGCCGCUGUCUAUCCGCUCCGCCAUGCAGCAGGCCGCUACCUAUACCAGCAUCGCGCAACCGUCCAACACCGCCUCCACCACGAGCCUGGCCUCGGCCGCCACCGCCCAGUCGCGCCAGUCGACCGCCUCCUCCUCCGCCGUCACCACCAGCAGCGUCUCGUCCAAGAACAGGGAUGCCGACGGCGACCCCGCCCUGCACGAGUCGCACGCCAGCGCGCCCGCCUCCAAAAAGGGCUCAGCCGACGCUGCCACCAGCGCCAAACGCGUCAAACGCCCUGCCUUCCUCUCCCUGGCGCCCGAAGAGUCCGACUCCGUCAAGGACGGCCAGUCCAUUAUCACAAAACGGUCCAAGGAUCAGAUGCGAAAGAGCUCGCCCACCGUAGGGGACAAGUUCGAGUACGUGCCCGGCAUGCCCCCGCCGCCCUCGCUGCCGACCUCGCUGCCGACCUCGGAUUCGGCUUCGAGGGACGCCACGUCUGGCAGCGGCUCGAGGGACUCUCUGUCCGCUCAGACAGACGAGGACGCCAAAAAGGCAAAGCGUCCUUCCAAAGAUUCCUUCCAUGAGCCACCCGCCUCGUCUCCCCCCCGAGUGCCACUCCCAGAACCGCCCACAGACUCCGGCUCUCGAUCGCCGUCCCGAUCCAGGUCUCCCGCGCCCAAGAGCCCGAUGAGAUCCAUCCUACGCAACCCGUCAAACACGGACUUGCCCGCGAGCGCCACCGCGCACCGUCGCCAGGGCUCUGCCUCGCCGCCCAAGACGGACCAGACCCAGCAAGACGCGCCUGUCGGAGGCGACGACGAACCGGCAAAGGCCGCGGCCUCGACCCCCCCACAGGUGGACCCGUCCCGCUUCCCCGCUCCGCGAUCCGACUCACUUCCCUCGCCCCGCAAGCAGAGGUCCAACUCGAGCGUUCGCGACCAGAUCAUGGUCCUGCCGGAGACGGCGCGCCUGCGCAAGCAGGCCAGCAACGAGCUGUUGCGCAGGAAGACCAGCGCCGAGCUGCUGGGCCAAUCCGGCCUCCACGAGGCCGUGCCCGCCAUCCCCCCGCAGUCCCAGGACCGUGUCGUGGUCGGCAACGCCUUUGGCCGGCGAGGUUCGAACCCGUCGGCGCCUCAAGGCGUCGUCCCCCGCACAUCCUCGUUCGACAUGCUCACGGAUGCCGGUCGCAAACGAUCGGGGACCGACACGGCCCAGCAGACGACCUCCACGCAGGACAGGAUCCAAACGCAGCUGCCGCUCAACCAGAGACGCGGUCCGCAACUGCAACGAUCGGCCUCAGACGCUCGGCGACCGAGCAACCUGAAGCAUCUCAGCGCCGACACGAAGUCGGACGAAUCGAUGUCUCAGGCGUCCGACAGCGUCCAGUCACCGUCCACGAUCCCGACCUCGCCAAGCCAGACGUCGCAGUCCACCGCGCCUCUCGCGGACGCGUGGCCGUUGAACCAGCGCCCUGGUUUCCACGGCGAACUGUCGCAGCAUCAGUCCCACUACGGGUCCCGCCAUCAGCUGCACUCGGCCGAGCGUGCCUUUGCCCGCAGUCCUACCUUCGAGCGUCGCAGCCUGUCUCCCGAGUCGGCACCGAGAAUCAGCCGCUCCGUCACCCCGUACACGAGCACGUCGGGACAGCGAAGCCGCACCAACACGCUGAUGACCAUCGAGUCGGAGGUGGGCGAGUUGGACAAGCACACCCUCGGCGAAGGAUCGUCCGGAUACGGCUCCGGAGUGCCGUCUGUCCUGUCAAGUCAGUGGUACCAGUCGCCCCAGGACCGUCUCAACAUGGGUCCUCGUGUUAGCAUGGCCGACUCGAUCCCUUGGGAACUCGGUGACGAAGACGAGGGCGAGGACGAUGAUGCGAACGAAGAGCAGUUCACGCGCUUCCACCCGACGCCCCGGCUCGGAACCAGCUCGGAGACGGUCCGCGUGCCUGCCCGGUCGAAUUUCGACUCGCGGCCGCAAUCCCCUCCACGCUCACCCUUGCUCACCGACGGCUUCCUUGUCAACGUCAAGUCCGGGUUGCCCAGAGACGACCUCUCGGCGAGACGCAUGCUCCCGCCGCCGUCCGAGGCCCCGUCCACGCGUCCGAGCACGAGCAUGAACAGCUACAGCACGAGCAGCGGAUCCAGCAGCAGCAAGAACAAAAAAGAAAAGGAAAAGAAGAAGAAAGAAAAGAAGUCUACGAAGACGACCAUGCGUGACCUGUGGAACAUGUACAAGGAGUCCACCAACACGGUGUACACGACGACGUACCAACGCGCCGCUGAAGAGCAACGCGUAGACGCCGAAAAGCGUUCCCUCACAAACAGCAGCAGCACGUCCGGCUCGACACGGGUGCACAGCAGCAUGGAUGGUCAGAUACCGACUUCAUCCAAGGGUUCAAAGAUCUCGCCAUACGGAAAAGGAUAACGGAAACAAAGACAAGAAGUCCAAGGCCGGUCUUUUCACCAUGAAAGAACUUUGGUCCGAGUACAAGGCUGCGACCAACAGCUGGUACACGUCACCGUACAAGCAAGAGGUUGCGCACCAGCUUGAGACUCCAGACACUUUUGGCCGUCACUAAGCGCCUUUUCUCGCUUUUUUCCUACGAGAGGAACGUCGUCCCUUUUUUUCCUCAUCUUUUUUUUUGGCACGACCGCCCUCCCCCACUCCCUAAAACCCACCCGUCGUCGAUGACCAACGCGCUUUCGUCCGCAUAGAUACCCAACCACUCGAUUUUCCUACGUUCUUACAACGCGAACGCCGAAUUCUCCAGCGAUGAUGGUAACGUCCUUUUAGAGGUGCCUGGUCAAUCUUGUGUAACAGUCUCCCGAUUCCCCCACCCCUUUUCCUCCCCUCUCCACCCCAGGCAGCAUUGUUUUCUUUCCUCUACUACGAAUCCCCUAUCUCAUUCAGCAUAGAUACUGUCGAAUUCAUAAAUUUCACGAAGAAAAGGGGGACUCCCCUGGCCCCCUCACAAGAACAAUGUCUAGGGCGGAAAGGCUGUAGAAUUUUGAAAUUUUGCAUGUCAUGAACGAACACGCGAAGAGUGGGGAAAAUAAAAAAAGGUAUCAUGGAAUUCAGGUUGGGUGGUCUGUUGUGGAAGAGCUGGGUGUGUUCUUGGAAUUGGGAAAUUAAACCCCCCCCCCCACCCCUAUGUCAAAGCUUGCACGUGUCCAUCACAGCGUUAUUGUUUUUUUAUACAUAUAGUUUGGCCAGGACAAGUGGGGAAGGUCCAUGUGUUCUGUUUUCGUUUUCUGCUCCUCUGCUCGGCUGCUAGCUCUCCAUACUUAACAGGAGCGCCGCACAUGUUACAAGCACCGAAGCCCGUCACUACGGCAACCUUAUACCCUUUGGAUCAUUUUUGGCCUGAACUGUACCCAUGUUUACUCCGACUAGAUGAGCCUAACACGCAAUUAGCAUCAGAGCUAUUUGGACACUCCAUUUCAAGUCUUUU